AAUGAGUUGUGUGCUCUGGAGUGAAUAUUAUGGAGGAGGAGGAAGUUGAAAUGUCUCUGACUGCCGAGGAGUUUAGUCACGUGUUGGCUCUUUUCAAGUGCAAAACACGCAAACUGAAGAGAGAAACGAAGAGGAGAAAUGAGGUGAAUUCCCAGCCCGAGUGGGGCCAGGAGAGUGGGGCGGGGGUGUGUUCAGACCAGGCGGGCAGACUCAUAGACUUGUCAACCAACUACACAGCCUUGACCAAGUCCCAAGAUGUGGACAAAAGAUUGCAACCGCCAAUGAACCCAGUGAGUUGCCAGUACUGCUCCAAACAGUUCCAGACGCGACAGAUGUUGCGACAACAUUUCCUCUACAGACAUUCGAGUGCCGGCAUCAAGUGCCAGGAGUGUUACUUCAUAGCCAGGUCCCAGAAGGAUCUGGACUCUCACAGGUGCAAAGUGAAGCAGGUCCUUGAUUGCGACCAGUGUGCGGAGAAGUUCAGAAGUAAGCGAGACCUCAUGAUCCACAGGAAGAUGCACAACAUCAAGCACUACUGCAUGCACUGUGAGAAGAGCUUCGCCGACUUGUCCAGACUCAACAAACACAUUCAGGACAGCCAUGUGGACGCUGGGUUCGAGUGCUCCACCUGCAACCGCAAAUUCUACUGUAAAGAGAGCUUCACCUUUCAUGUCAAAUACGCCCACACUGAGCAAAAAAUAGUGCAGUGCAAUUUGUGUCUGAGAAGCUUCAAAAGUAUGAAGUAUUUGAAGGUGCACAUUAAUGCUUUCCAUAAAAAGAAACAAGCGAAUGUUGCAAAAGUUAACCUCGACAGCAAAGGCAAAGAUCCUAGAUACCAGGCGCAGCUGCUGACUGCUCGCAAAAUGCUGGCAAAAAGGAAUCAUUCGACCACCUCUAAAAUGGAUUCGUAUGUUGCCCCGUUCCAAUCCCGCUUCCGUGCCAUGUGCCCCGAUUGCCACAAGAUCGUCAACUCGCCCACAACCCUCUACGCUCAUAAAGUGCUUCACAAAAAUCCCAAAGUCUGUUCAAAGUGCAAGGCCGAGUUCGCGUGGACUUGGCACAUGAAAAAGCACGAGCGAAUUUGUAACGGAGUGCCCUCAACUCGCAUGCUAAAUAAGAAGAUAAAACCCUACCAAUGCUUUCUGUGCAAUACGAGAUUCACAAAUGGAUCUGAGCUGACAGACCAUAUGCGCGAUCAUGCCAAGCAUGAUUUCGGCUUAGGAACAUCGGCGGCCAAAAUGGGCGACAAUCUAGACGAUGAGGACGAGGACGAAGAAAUGGAAGAUGGAAACAACGGAAUCUCUUCCGGAGAAGCAAGUCCAAUGACUCAUUCCGAAGUCAGGCCUCUUGUUGAGCAAACGCAAUAUAAGGUAGACGCAACAGUUGUUUCCGCCAACCACUGCUCUAUGUCGACAGCUAAAUUGGCCCAUAACCAAACCACUCCCUCGAUAAACACGAUUCAAAGUAGGGCAACUACAGAUGGGAGCUCGGCGAGCAUGCACUCGUGGAUAGAUAUGCGAAGUAGGAUGGAAACGCCGAUCGAUUUUGAGGAGCGCAUUGGUAAUGUUGCUUCAGUAGGGAACAACUGCAGGACAUUAGUGGACGCGAACAACCGGUCCAUGCCUUCGGUAGUGACUGUGGUGAACCAGAACCAACCGCCUGCGCCAACCAUAGCAUUCCAACCUGGCCCAACAACUUCUGCUGUAAAAAUUGGGGGACACCGAAGUACUAAUCCGGCCAAAUAUGUUUUGGAGAAGAGUUGCUUUGCGAGAUACGAGUACGCAGCAGCCUCUACUAAGGAGUCCAAGAUUAGUUCCACUCAGUGUUCCAUAAAUGGAAGUAAUGGAAUGAACGGACAUGCAGGGGAACUUGGCAUUGGCGCGCAUCAUUUUUCAGGCCUGGAGGAUAAUUUGGAUUCGGUGCAGGGAAUUUUGAACGAGGUGUUCGACAAUGGAGGUCCUCUUUCUCCCAUCUCCGAUUCCUGCUGUCUCAACACACCUUACGCCAACAGUCUUCUUCUCCUAGAUGACUCAUUUGUCAUUCCGCACGACAUGUUGUGAUGUAUUUAUAAAUCAAAGCAUAUUACAGUUGUUGCUACUGCAGUGUUAUUUCAAAUUCUAUCACUAUAACCAAACGAUUCGUUUGGAGACAAAUUCAACAAAGAAUUAUCAUAACGGGGAACCCAAUUUCUGCGGAAACAACUUGGGUUUUCCCCAUCAGACAGUUCUUUGCAAAACAGUUCUGAGAUAAGUGCUCAGAAAAAUGAUAAUUUUCCUUUUCUACUACAUUUCGAUUGAAUUAACUGUGUUUUGGUUA